AUGGUAGCAAUGAACGACUGGACGCCCGAGAUGCCUUCAUUUGUGCCCUUCAAGACGAAACCGCACGACUCCCACCCGUCCAUCGGCCACUUGACUUUGCUGGUCUUUGAGGCUGUCAUGGAAGUCGUGUGUGUCGCACUACCUGGUUAUGUCAUUGCUCGACUCGGCCAUUUCGAUGCCGAAAAGCAAAAGUUCCUGGCCAAUCUCAAUGUCCAGAUCUUUACUCCUUGUCUAAUCUUCACCAAGCUCGCGUCGCAGCUCAAUGCUAGCAAACUGGCCGACUUGGCCGUCAUUCCCGUCAUCUUCAUUAUACAAACGCUUGUAUCGUACCUUGUCUCCCUUGCUGUGGCCAAGGUAUGCCGGCUCAAGAAGAGACCCGCCAACUUUGUUACUGCCAUGGCCGUUUUUGGCAAUUCGAACUCAUUGCCCAUCUCCCUGGUCAUUUCACUGUCUCAGACGUUGAAGGGUCUUCACUGGGACCGGAUUCCCGGCGACAACGAUGAUGAAGUUGCUGCCAGAGGUAUAUUAUAUCUCAUGAUUUUCCAGCAACUUGGCCAGCUGGUCAGAUGGACUUGGGGAUACAACGUGUUGCUUGCCCCAAAGAAAGCAGAGGACGACUAUGACUCGGACAGCGACGAUACCCGAACAUUAGAAGAAGGCAACAAUGUGGAUGAAGCACCUCCCGGAGCCGGCGGCGUGCUCAUCCCUGGGCUGGAUUCAGGUCUGGUGCACGAUAAUGCUCAUGAAGAUGGUAACAGAAGCUCGGAUGAGUCGGAUGUUUAUGAGCCAUCCGGUCGUACGCCCGUUGCCAACACCUCGAGAGCCUCGCCCAACGAGUCUGAAGAUGAGGGGCCAGAUGCUGCGCUCAUUAAGAAGCGUCGCAAGUACAAGGCCAAUGGCACGCCCUUUACCCUACCCAACAAUGCAUCCGACGACGAGAUUAUGUCUUUCCCGCGAAUGCACGAGCUGGAUGAGCCCGAGCCAUCCAGCGGAAUCAAGGGAUUGUUCCUCCGAGCCAAGUUUGGCAUCAAGCGCAACUGGCUAGCUCUGAAGGUGAAGCUCACCCGUGCAUCGCGACGUGCUUUUCACGGCCUACCAGUGCCAUUGCAAACCGCGCUGGUCAAGAUUGGCCAUGGCACAUCACGCUUCUUCAAGGGUCUGGCAGAGUUCAUGAACCCCCCACUCUGGGCUAUGCUCAUUGCUAUCGUGGUCGCAUCGGUACCUGACCUGCAGCGGUUGUUCUUCCAGGACGGCUCUUUCAUCAAGAACAGUGUGACGUCGGCAGUAUCGUCUAGUGCCGGAGUCGCCGUUCCUUUGAUUCUUGUCGUACUUGGAGCCAACCUUGCUAGAAACACCCAGAGCCAGGAAGCCAAGGAUCCCGAGGAGGAGCAGAUAGGCACACGCCUUUUGGUAGCAUCGCUCGUCAGCCGGAUGCUCCUACCGACAAUAGUUAUGGCACCAAUGCUUGCAUUGAUUGCCAAGUAUGUCCCCGUGAGCAUUCUUGACGACCCCAUCUUCGUGGUCGUCUGCUUCCUGCUCAGCGGUGCUCCGAGCGCAUUGCAGCUGGCACAGAUCUGCCAGCUCAAUGAAGUAUACGAGCUGGUCAUGUCCAAGAUCUUGUUCCAGAGCUAUGUUGUUUGGAUUCUGCCGUCGACUUUGGUCUUGGUCAUGCUUGCCCUCGAAACCGUUGAAUGGGCAACCUGA